GCAGCAGGCUGGAUUUCAGUUGCACUGUAAAGCUCUACCUGAUUAUUCUUCCUUUCACUACGUCGCAAGAGGGCAAGAGGUAAAGAGGGUCUAGAAAUUAGAGCGGUUCAAGACUAUUUCUACUUGUUGUGGUGGCUCGAGGAACAUGGAGCAACGGGAAGAAUGAAAAGUCGGAUGCCUCCUGGGUGGAUUUAAUUUAUUGCCAACAAGUCAUCAUUUGACUCCAGUAAGACAAAAGUUGGGAUCAUGGAUAUCGGUGGUUUGGAGACAGUGGUGGCCAAUUCGGCUUACGUGUCGGCCCGAGGAAGUGUUGACGGUGCAGCAGCUGCCUCUCUACGCGACAAGAAGAUGCGGGCCAAGCUGAAACUCCCACACAUCAGAGAUUGUGAGCACAUGAAAGCGUCAGCAGGCGCCGCCUUUGACAGCAUGUGUGUCAAACAGCCCAUCGGCAAGCGACUGUUUCAACAGUUUCUAGAGAGCGACGCCACCCACAAGACCGCUGGGGAGCUGUGGAAAGACAUCGAAGACUAUGUCAUAUGCCAAGAAAAGGACAGAGCUCAGAAGGCCCAAAAGAUAGUCAAUAAAUACUAUGAGUCGGCAUCAAAUACUUUCUGCAGCUUCUUAGAAGAGAAGGCUGUCUUGCGAGUAAAGGAGGACUGCAAGAAUGUGCACGGCGACUUGUUUAAAGAAAGCGAGAAACAGGUCCUCCAACACCUGGAGAAGAAGGCCUUGGACGGCUUCAAGCAGAGCAUGUACUUCAUGCGUUUUGUUCAAUUCAAGUGUUUGGAGAGCCAGCCCGUUGACGAGGAGUGGUUCAUGGACUUCAGGGUCCUCGGCAAGGGGGGUUUCGGGGAAGUGUUUGCUUGUCAGGCUAAAGCGACAGGGAAAAUGUACGCCAAUAAAAAGCUGGAUAAAAAGAGGCUGAAGAAACGCAAGGGCUAUGAGGGUGCAAUCGUGGAGAAGCGCAUCCUUGCAAAAGUCCACACUCGCUUCAUCGUGACGCUGGCCUACGCUUUCCAGACCAAGACUGACCUCUGUCUAGUUAUGACCAUCAUGAAUGGUGGGGAUCUCAGGUUUCAUAUGUACAACGUGGAUGAAAAAAACCCGGGUUUCAAUGAGAAGAGAGCGUGUUUUUACACAGCUCAGGUAAUCUGUGGGCUGGAACACCUUCACCAGCACAGGAUUAUCUACAGAGACCUGAAGCCAGAAAAUGUACUGCUGGAUGAUGCAGGACAUGUCCGCCUGUCCGAUUUAGGCUUGGCUGUUGAACUUCCACCAGGAAAAGACACUACUACUGGCUAUGCAGGAACUCCAGGUUUCAUGGCUCCAGAGCUGCUCCAGAAGAAAGAAUAUGACUACACUGUAGAUUAUUUCACUCUGGGGGUUACUUUGUUUGAGAUGAUUGCAGCCAAAGGACCCUUCAGAGUACGAGGAGAGAAGGUCGAAAAUGACGAGGUGGCUCGCAGAAUCUUGAAUGACCCGGCUCCGUACACGCCCAACUUUAGCAAAGAGUGUAAAGAUAUUUGUGAAGGCUUGAUGGAAAAGGAUCCGGGGAAACGCCUCGGGUUCAAGAACAACGAGUGCGCCGAACUCAAGAAGUGCCCCUUCUUUAAAGACAUCAACUGGGGCCGUCUGGAAGCUGGUAUGCUGCCGCCUCCAUUUGUCCCUGAUCCCAAGGCGGUCUACGCCAAAGAUAUCGACGACGUGGGCGCCUUCAGCACGAUCAAAGGCGUGGUCAUGGAUAACAAGGACACAGAGUUCUUUACCGACUUCGCCUCGGGCAACGUUCCAAUCCCAUGGCAGGAGGAGAUGAUCGAGACAGGCGUGUUCGGAGAGCUCAAUAUAUGGGCUGAGAACGGAAAGCUGCCGAAUGACCUUGACCCAAACUAUGUGGAAGCCAAAAGUGGAGGCUGUGUGCUCCUGUAAAUGUAUGGGGGAGAACCAAAUAAACAUUAUUCAGAUUAGAAAGACUUAACUAAUUAAAAGGGCCAUGAAUCUUAAAUGAAUUAAUAUGAAAAUCAAAAUAUGAAAAUUUAAUUUGGUAAUCGACACCCCCGCCAGGACCUCUUUCACACACACCCCACCAAGGAAAAACAAGGCCAGGACUUGAAUAGAAACAGGGCAGGAAGAGAUGAAACAGCUGAUCUCACAAUAUUUAUACUAAAGUGUUUAUUACAGAUGGCUUUCUUGUGUGUACACUAUCACAGAUAAAAAAACCAAAGAACAAAUUGGUAUUUAUAACCAUUCAUUCAUCCAUCUUCUUCUGCUUAUCCGAAGUCGGGUUGCGGGGGCAGCAGCCUGAGCAGAGAAGCUCAGACUUCCGUCUCCCCAGCUACUCUGUCCAGCUCUUCCCGAGGGAUCCCAAGGCGUUCCCAGGC